CUCACACUCCGGGUGACCCCAGCCCAGGUAACACACACGCAUGUGAUGGUGUGAACUUGGCUCAGUAGCGUUCUCUUCUUCAUAUAUAGCACCCACUGACGAAUCAGUCGUAACUGUCACCGCUUCUGCAAUUUCCAUCUUCUGAGUACAAUCCAUUUUGUCCAUUUUUCCCACUGGACGGUCAUAAUGAUUUCCGGGUCCAUCCCUCUGAGGCGAAUGAUAUCGACUUUGCCUCAUCUCUCUCAGAGAAUUAAGCAAACAGAAAGUGAGAUUGUGCAUAUGUUCAAGUUAUCAAGCCCAAAAGAUGAAAUCCAAAGAUUGCCCAUGAAUCAGAAGUUUCCAAGGAACAAUCCCUCAGUUAGGACAUUGGAUGAGAGGUUCAUAAGGAUUUUGAAAAUAUUCAAGUGGGGGCCUGACGCGGAGAAGGCUAUGGAAGUACUGAAACUGAAGGUGGAUCACCGAUUGGUUCGUGAGGUUCUGAAGAUAGAUGUUGAGAUUCAUGUUAAGAUUCAGUUUUUCAAGUGGGCAGGGAAGAGGAGAAAUUUUGAGCAUGAUUCCACCACUUAUAUGGCUUUAAUUCAUUGCUUGGAUGAAGCUGGAAUGCUUGGUGAAAUGUGGAAGACAAUUCAGGAAAUGGUUCGGAGUACAUGUGUUAUUGGUCCGGCUGAUUUAUCCGAAAUUGUUAAAGUUUUAGGAAAGGCGAAGAUGGUGAACAAGGCCCUCUCGAUUUUCUACCAGAUCAAAGGUCGCAAGUGCAAGCCAACAUCAAACACUUACAACUCCAUGAUCUUGAUGCUGAUGCAAGAGGGUCAUCACGAAAAAGUUCAUGAGCUCUAUAAUGAGAUGUGUAAUGAGGGUGACUGUCUGCCUGAUACAGUGACAUAUAGUGCCCUUAUAGCAGCAUUUGGAAAACUGGGCCGCGAUGAUUCUGCCAUUAGCUUGUUUGAUGAGAUGAAGGAGAAUGGAUUACAUCCUACUGCAAAGAUUUAUACGACAAUAUUAGGAAUUUAUUUCAAGUUGGGUAGGGUUGAAAAAGCUUUGGGUCUUGUUCAGGAGAUGAAAGAGAAGGGUUGUGCUCUUACUGUUUAUACAUACACAGAGUUGAUAAAAGGUGUUGGGAAAGCUGGGAAGGUUGAAGAAGCCUAUAGUAUAUUUAUGAAUAUGUUAAAAGAGGGGUGUAAACCAGAUGUUGUGCUUAUAAACAAUUUAAUAAACCUUUUAGGGAAGGCAGGUCGUUUGGCGGAUGCUAUUAAGUUGUUUGAAGAAAUGGAGUCUUUGCAGUGCACCCCAAAUGUGGUAACAUAUAACACUGUAAUUAAAGCUUUAUUUGAAUCAAAAGCCCGAGCUUCUGAGGCGUUUUUGUGGUAUGAGAAGAUGAAGGAGAAUGGUGUUGUUCCUAGCUCUUUUACUUAUUCAAUUCUUAUUGAUGGAUUUUGUAAGACGAAUAGAGUCGAGAAAGCUUUAUUGCUUCUUGAGGAGAUGGAUGAGAAAGGUUUUGCUCCUUGUCCAGCUGCCUAUUGCAGCCUGAUCAACGCUCUUGGAAAAGCGAAAAGGUAUGAAGCUGCAAAUGAGUUAUUUCAGGAAUUAAGGGAGAACUGUGGAUAUUCCAGUGCUCGUGUAUAUGCUGUGAUGAUCAAACACUUGGGAAAAUGUGGUCGUCUAAGUGAGGCUGUAGAUCUUUUUAACGAGAUGAAAAAACUUGGGUGCAAUCCUGAUGUUUACGCUAAUAAUGCGCUUAUGUCAGGGAUGGUAAGGGUUGGCAUGACAGAUGAAGCUCAUUCAUUGCUUCGAACCAUGGAAGAAAAUGGUUGCACUCCUGACCUAAACUCACAUAACAUAAUUUUAAAUGGCUUUGCUAGGACAGGGGGCCCAAAAAGGGCAAUUGAAAUGUUUACAAGAAUGAAGAAUUCAAAGAUUAAGCCAGAUGUGGUUUCUUACAACACUGUGCUUGGCUGUCUCAGCCGGGCUGGCAUGUUUGAGGAGGCUGCAAAGCUGAUGAAAGAGAUGAACUCAAAGGGUUUUGAAUAUGAUCUCAUUACCUACUCAUCAAUACUUGAGGCAGUAGGAAAGAUUGAUGAAGAUCAUACACCUGCUGGUCUGUGAAAGGAACCUGGUCAGACUGUUAUGCAUAUUGUCAACAUUAAAAUCAUAAACCUUGUUAGAAGGGAAGGCCAUGUUUCUUCAGAAUAUCUGCUGAGAUCCACAGAUCCAGAGUGUCAAUGCUGCGUGGAUGGGUUGUAUCUGAUAGAACAGGCUGUGAAAUCCUUCAGAAGAAGUUAGAAGAUUGCUGACAUACUGAAUUCUAGGAAAUUUCAGAUAAGAGCAGUGGAAAGAAAACCUGAAGCCUUAUAUUCUCUGCUAGAAAUGGCUGAAGAUGCAGUUCGACUCUUCUCAGUAUCACAGUAUCUCAAUUGAAAAGUGCUGUUCUAAGGCUUCUUAACAAUUUGCCUUGUCAGGUGGAAUUGAGAAAGAAGAAAUUGGGUAAUUCUGGACUGGCCUUGUAAAGAGUCAUGGCAUACUACAACAAUAUAAAGAGUCAUGGCAUACUACAACAAUAUCUUGAGAAGCUAACACCAUUGAUCAAGGCAGGAUCAUUCAUUUUGGGUUGUUUUUCAAAUGAAACACUUUUUUGAUGCUCUUGCAAUGUGGAUAUGAAAUGAAUACAAUAAGACUCUUACAUCGGUUGUUUAUAUAUAUGAAUCACCAAGAAUUAUUUCCAUGGAGUCA